AGCGACACGGAGAAGAAGAUGGCGGAGGUAGCUAACGAUGCAGAGCUACUCAAGGAGAAGGCAAAUAAGUACUUCAAAGAAAAAGAUUACGAUAAUGCAAUCAAGUACUACACAGAGGCCCUGGAGCUCAAUCCACAAAAUGCCAUCUACUACAGCAACCGCAGCCUGGCGUACCUGCGCACAGAGUGCUACGGCUACGCCCUGGCAGACGCCACCAAGGCCCUGGAGGUAGACAAAAACUACAUAAAAGGAUAUUACCGCCGUGCCACCUCCAACAUGGCGCUGGGCAAGUUCAAAGCUGCUCUAAAGGAUUAUGAAACGGUAGUAAGAGUUCGACCGAAUGACAAGGAUGCAAGAAUGAAGUAUCAGGAAUGCAACAAGAUCGUGAAACAGAAAGCCUUCGAGAGAGCCAUCGCCAGCGACGAGAAGAAGAAAUCAGUAGUGGACUCUCUGGACAUUGAAAGCAUGACCAUUGAGGACGAAUACGUCGGCCCCAAACUCGAAGACGGGAAGGUCACGCUGCAGUUCAUGACGGAGCUGAUGGAUUGGUUCAGAGAUCAGAAGAAGCUGCACAGGAAGUGCGCUUACCAGAUUUUAGUACAAGUUAAAGAUGUUCUGUCCAAACUACCAAGUCUGGUUGAAGUCACAUUAAAGGAGGCCGAAACGAUAACGAUUUGUGGCGACACCCACGGGCAGUACUACGACCUCCUCAACAUCUUCGAGUUGAACGGUUUACCCUCCGAGACCAGCCCCUACCUCUUCAACGGCGACUUUGUGGACCGCGGUUCUUUCUCUGUCGAGGUCAUCCUCACCCUCUUCGGCUUCAAGCUGCUCUACCCCGACAACUUCCACCUGCUCAGAGGCAACCACGAGACGGACAACAUGAACCAGAUGUACGGCUUCGAAGGGGAGGUCAAAGCCAAGUACACGGCCCAGAUGUUCCAGCUGUUCAGUGAGGUCUUCCAGUGGCUUCCUCUGGCUCAGUGUAUCAACAGCAAAGUUCUGGUUAUGCAUGGAGGACUUUUCAGUGAAGAUGGCGUCACGUUGGAGGACCUCAGGAAGAUCGACAGGAACAGACAGCCUCCAGACUCGGGUCCCAUGUGUGACCUCCUCUGGUCGGACCCACAGCCUCAGAACGGCCGGUCGAUCAGCAAGCGAGGAGUGAGCUGCCAGUUCGGACCCGACGUGACGCAGAGCUUCCUGGAGCAGAACAAGCUGGACUACAUCGUGAGAAGUCAUGAGGUGAAGGCUGAGGGCUACGAGGUCACCCACUCAGGGAAGUGCAUCACCGUGUUCUCAGCACCCAACUACUGUGAUCAGAUGGGAAACAAAGGAGCUUAUAUCCACCUCAGGGGAUCAGACCUCCAGCCAGAAUUUCACCAGUUCACUGCUGUGCCUCAUCCGAAUGUCAAGCCCAUGGCGUACGCCAACACGCUAAUGCAGCUGGGGAUGAUGUAGAGUCCACGCACAUCUGUCGGCGACGCCAACGACCUCCAGACUCGGUCCUCUGGUCUCGAUCCAUCCUCUCCACCUCGGUCCCUGCGGUGCUCGGACGGGUCCCGGCUCCAUCCUCAGCCCACGGGACUCCUCUCCCAAACAAAAUCCAUCUAGUUGUACGCAGAAAAACGUGGUUCUGAUGGGAGAACACGUAGACGAGCCCAGUCCAGUUCUGCUUUUAUUCUUUUUACACUGUAGGUUUCAAAACUGGGAAAAAUCCACAUUUUCUUAGUCUCACGUGUGCCAUCACUGAGAUCAAGAGAUUCAGACCGGGUCUCCUUCAGCCGCUCAAUGUUCGUUUUUUUAAUAUAUUUGAUUUACUCAGCAGAUGGGUUCUAAUAGCUGGUUUGUACCAAAGAUCUGUGAUGAAAAUGAUUGUUCGGUUUUAGCAAAAGGAACUAAACCCAGGCGUCGUGACGUCGGCCUGCAGUUCAGCUGGUUUGUCAGCGUUUCUUCGACCAGCCGACAGUUUUUACCCAACCAGACACGCAACCUGAAAGUUUUAACGAAGACAAAGAUUCUCUGGGUGCGCUCGUAGCGGUGCUGUUUGCCAUCAGCGACGUGUUUUCUGUUCUGCACUGCUGCGGCGCUUCCUGCCGGGGAACGCUGCUCCACCUUUUCAUCUUUUACCGUCACGGUGCCGCCCGCCCGGCAGCUCUUCAGACGCAGUGGCACUCCAGUGUUCAGUACAAAGUCAGACCCAUUAACCCCC